AUGCCAGUGGAUGAGCUGGCACCUUUAGCUAUUUUUCUGCUCCUCUGGCUUAAGAUUCAUUCAUCAGAGUCAAGCAAUGGCUGUUGGAGAAUUGGAGAAUAUAAUCCUCAUGUGCUGGAAAUGGAUGGAGAUGUUAUACUUGGAGGGCUUUUUCCUCUACAUUACAGUACUCCACCACAUGGUUAUAAUUUUACAAACCAACCACAGGGUCAGAAGUGUAGUGGUUUUGACCUGAGGGCUUUCCGCUGGGUCCAAACUAUGGUCUUUGCAAUUGACGAGAUAAACAGAAACCCUCGGCUUUUGCCAGGUGUGAAACUUGGUUAUCGGAUCCUGGACGGUUGUGAUCAUGUCCACACCAGUCUACAGCAUGCUUUCUCUCUGGUCAAUGGACCUUCUUUUCUUCAGACAAAUGGCUCUGUAGCCAGAAGCCUUCCUUGCUUUUCUACAUCUCCUGUUCCUGCAAUAAUAGGCCAGGCAUCAUCUACACCUACCCGAGCUAUAGCUGACACAUUUGGGCCUUUUGAAAUCCCUUUGAUCAGCUACUUUGCAACCUGCACAUGUCUGACUGACAAACGCAUGUACCCAACUUUUCUCCGGACUGUUCCCAGUGAUGUCUUCCAGGUGCAUGCACUGGUAAAACUGAUGGCCCAUUUUGGCUGGCACUGGGUGGGCACAAUUGGUACAGAUGAUGACUAUAGUGAAUAUGGAAUCCAAGCCUUCACUGAGAAGUUUAAAAAAAUGGGUGGUUGUGUGGCUUUUCAUCACACCCUCCCCAAACAGCCCACCACAGACCAAAUUAGUGCCAUCACUGACACACUGGAAGCUUCCACAGCCAGAGUGAUUGUGGUAUUUGCCACAGAAGGUCAACUUCAACAGUUUCUAUCAGAGGUGGCAAGGAGAAACCUAACAGGCAGGCAGUGGGUAGCCAGUGAAGCCUGGAUAACUGCCAAUCUUCUUACAUCCCCAUUGUUCCAGCAUGUGUUAACUGGGACCCUUGGAUUUUCAUUUAGGGGUGCAAAUAUUACUGGCCUUGCUGAGUUUCUUCUGAAAAUACUGCCAUCAAAUAACCCAAGAUCAGUUUUCACUAACAUGUUCUGGGAAGAACAAUUUAAUUGCCGUCUGGAUUAUACCAUUAGUGAGGGCUUGGACAGGCCACUCUGUACAGGCUUGGAAAAUCUGAAGGAAGUUAAAAGCAGCUACACAAGUGUGACUCCUGUGCGGGUUUCCUAUAAUGUGUACAAGGCCAUUUAUGCUAUUAGUCAUGCUCUACACCAACUGCUACAGUGCACAUCUAUAGCAAAUGCUUCAGCCCAGAGAAGCUGUAACUCCAGGGCAGAAUUCACACCUGGACAGUUGCUUUAUCAUCUGAGGAGAGUGAACUUCACCAAUCAGUUUGGGGAAAAGGUGUAUUUUGAUGGAAAUGGUGAGCCAGUGCCUCUUUAUGACAUCAUAAAUUGGCAGAAAGAUGGCCAAGGUGGAAUCAGGUUUCAGAGAGUGGGCAGCUAUGAUGGUUCAGCCCCGACUUGGCAGCAGCUCAAGCUGGACAUGGAUGUGAUAGAGUGGACAGGGGGGCAGAUCCAGAUUCCUGUGUCUCAGUGCACAGCCCCAUGUCCCCCUGGGACUCGACAAGCCAUGCGACAAGGUGAACCCAUCUGCUGUUUUGACUGUCUGCGUUGUACUGAGGGGGAGUUCACUAAUACAUCAGGAGCCACAGAAUGUACCCAGUGUCCUUUGUAUUACUGGUCCAAUUCUGAGCGUGUGGGAUGUGUGGAAGGCACGGAGGAAUUCCUUUCCUUUCAGGAGAUAAUGGGUAUCAUCCUUGUUACCCUGUCUCUCCUGGGGGUUGCUGGAGCAACUGCUGUUUCUGUCAUCUUUUUCCUCUACAGAUCUACACCUAUAGUCAAAGCAAACAACUCAGAGCUAAGCUUCCUGCUUUUGCUGUCAUUGAAACUCUGCUUUCUCUGUUCACUGGUGUUUCUGGGGCGGCCUUCACUGUGGUCCUGCCAAGCCCGACAGGCAGCCUUUGGCAUCAGUUUUGUCCUUUGCAUCUCCUGCAUCCUGGUCAAAUCUAUUGUAGUGCUGUUGGCUUUCCAUUCCACCAUGCCUGGGUCGAGUUCCCUUAAACAAUUUGGCCCUCCUCAGCAAAGAGCAUUUAUUGUCAGUUGUACUGGAGGCCAAGCCAUACUCUGCAUAAGUUGGUUGGGGUUAGCACCCCCCUACCCUUUUAAGAACACAUCUUAUCAGGGUGGCAGAAUCAUACUGGAGUGUAAAGAUGUUUGGCCUAUGGGCUUCUAUUUGGUGCUUGGUUACAUUGGUCUCCUCUCCUGUCUUUGCUUCAUUCUGGCCUUUUUGGGACGGAAACUUCCAGAUACAUUUAAUGAGGCUAAGUUAAUCACAUUUAGUAUGCUGAUCUUUUUUGCCGUUUGGAUUUCCUUUAUACCUGCAUACAACAGCAUCCCAGGUAAAUACACAGUAGCAGUGGAGAUAUUUGCCAUACUUGCCUCGAGUUUUGGCUUACUUUUCUGUAUCUUUGCUCCUAAAUGUUACAUUAUUCUCCUGAGGCCUGAACUUAAUACCAAAAAAGGAAUAACUGGUAAAACAUCUAAAUGA